CGGGAUACAGAUCUAUGGAUCUGCUAUAUGAGUUUCAGGUGCUGGCUCUUAGAGAGAUGUUCACGAAGCUAAUAUCCAGAACCUUGUGGUUUUGAAAUUUUCGACCUCGGACCAUGUGGCGCAUUUAAGCGGGUGUGACUACCGCACGCCUUUUCCGUUCGAAUGUUGCGCUCGAUUAACGAAGAGACAAAGCUUUCGUACCGUUUGACGAUACGUUGCAUAAACACUUUAUUAGUCCGGUUUAGGCCUGUAGCAUCAGCUAGUAUCGCUAUUAUUACCGGAUUAGAGGGCAUAAAAAUUGGCGCUCCUGAUAGUGGCCAAAUGAACUAUCCAAUUUUGACUGAUUGGUUUAACCAAAGGAUAGCACUGCUUCCUGGAUGUAGUAUAAGCCCAUACGUGCCUUUUUUUACAGCAAAAAUAGAGGGUAUUUUCACUGGCGGAAAUAGGGAGAUGAUGCACAAAGAGGCAUAUCAUGUAGCGUGCAAACUCCAGUGAUGCGUCACCUAAUAAGUGAAAACCCAGAUGGCGAAAACCCAGACAGAAAACCCAGACAGAAAAAACUCCGUCUAGAGAUCU